AGUGGUUCUUGUUAGCGGCAGCCCAGCCAUGGGGGGGCUUUGCGUGGGCACAGGGGCUCUUGCCCAGAUCCUUGCAAGGUUAGGACCUCGGGGAGAGUAUCCUACUGCCAGUGAUUACGCUUAGGAGCCCAAAGGGGAGCUGCGAGGCUGGCGGGGAGAGGCCUGAGUCGCCCGACUGAGCGAGGUGCCAUUAGCUGCCAAGGGCAAUCCCCGGUAGCGGGGACAAUGAUUGCAAUGUAACAGUCACAGCUGAGGAAAGGACACGGGCGCCCUAUUCCCAGAGCCAGGCCAAGGCUUUGCUGAGCUGGUGGGGACCCUGCCCAGUGCAGACGGGUCAGCCAGGCUGUGGCACGCAGCGAUCCCGUCCCCGCCAGCAGAGUGACUGUGGGCGAGCAGCCCAGCCACGCGGCUACAACGGACGGGACCAUAGCACAGAACUGGAGGGGGGGAGAUUCGUGACGGAACAUACCCCGCCCCGCGAAUUGCCGAGUCCGCCCACAUCCGCGCAUGCUCCCCAGCCCCGCCUGCAGUCUCUUCGCAGGAAGUUUGGCCUUUCCGCAACCCGUAGACACCGCGGAGCUUCCUUAGCAACCGGCGGGACGGGAGGUGUCGCUGUGAGCGAGGCGCUGCGGAGCCCCGGCGUCUGGCGGACCUGGAAUUUAUGAUAAAAGAAUGUCAUCAGGUUUCCAAAUAAAACCAAAGACUGCAAUACAGAAAAGCAAGACAUCUUCAUCUCCUUCAUCUAGUUCUCCAGAUCUUGCGGUUAAGCCACAACCAAGGCCCAGUGAUAAACUUAACCCCAAAACUAUUGAUCCGUUUGGGGAUCAUUCAAAAGCUCCUGCAUUUUCUGCCAUUUACUCUAAAGGUGGUAUACCUUGCAGGUUGGUUCAUGGCUCAGUAAAACACAAAUUACAGUGGGAAUGUCUUCCUGAAACUCUUCCAUUUGAUCCUCUUCUUAUUACUUUAGCUGAGGGACUAAGAGAGACAAAACACCCAUAUACAUUUGUAUCAAAGGAGGGCUUUAAGGAAUUACUCUUGGUUGAAGAUGCUACUGAAAAAGCAAUUCCCUUGUUGCCUCGACUCGUUCCAGUGUUAAAGGCUACUCUGGCCCAUUCAAACAGUGAAGUAUUUGAAAGAGGAUUGAAUGCUUUGGUACAGCUGAGUGCCAUUGUUGGUCCUGCUCUUAAUGAUCAGCUGAAACAUCUACUCACAAGCAUUUCAAAGAGGUUAAUGGACAAGAAAUUCAAAGAGCAAAUCACUGUUGCAUUACAAAAGCUAGAGCAUUAUGGUGGAAAGACACCAGAAGAGCUCUAUAGUUCUACUUCCAGGGCUUGAAAUUUGUGAGGAAAAAAGUUUACCUACUGCAGUGACAUGAGAGUGUAAUGAUCAUCAAAUCUAAAAUUCCAACCUAUUGUUCCAUCUCCUUUUGAAUGAGAGAACCAUAUAGUCAUUUACACUGCGUAGUGUCGUUGUGAGCGUCAGAAGCUGACUGUGGAUGCUGUUGGAAUUUCCUUAUGGUACAACUUAUUCUAGUAAAACUAACCACAAACAUUCUGUAAUCUGGCUUGGGAGAAAAAAUGAAGAUUAAGUGAAGUGUGCCCAUAACAUCUUGUGAAAAAGUGUAAUUAUGGCAAACAGUUAAUCAUUUUUAUUAGAUAAAUCUUUUUGUGUAUCCAGUCUUAUGUUUACAGUUGCAGUCAAUAAUUGGUUAUCUACCAUCCAUUUUUUCAGCUGUAAACAAAGUAAAUGUUAAUUCAUUUUUGCUGUACAUUCCUAUUUCCUUUAAUAAUUCUGCCACACUUACUGUGUUUAUCAAAUGUUACAUAAAAGGUAGACUUUGAUUGUAAUUAUUAAUUAAGCAGUAACUAACUCACUGCUAAAGUGCAUAUACAUAUUUGUUAUAUGAUUUCUUUCCAUGAUGAGUGUUAGAGAUGAAAAUGUGAGUUUUCUGUUACAAAAGAACUGAUUUCAAACUAGUUGUACAGUAUUGCUCUAGUAGUGUAAAUAGGAUAAAAACACCAGGUGUUGGUAUUGGAAUACUGUUUUUCAUAUUCCAUCCCAGUAACCCUUCAUUUUGAAAACUGUCACAUUGGGAACUUAAAUCUUAGCACAGUACUGAAUUAACAGUUAAUUCAGGAUGCGUGUAUUGAAACAGUAAAUCCAUUUGGUUAAAGAAA